AUGUCUCCAAUCACUAGAAGUGUCGUCAGAUUCACUCAACGGAUCAAAAACUCCGCUGUACGAAAUCAAACUCUAGCUCUUAUUGAAGUAGCUUCGAAGCAACCUGAUCUUGCUCACUUCACGAUCGCGGAGUGCCUGUUAGUUCUCAAACCCUUCAGCAUCACGCUUAUCGUGAUUCAGGCUGUUGUUACUAUGCUCUUCGACUGCUCCGGCCUUUCUAGAAAUCCAACCCAUACCAGCCACAACGAGCCAAGACCACAUGCAACGGUUCUCCUUGCAACAAAAGAGCAAGCGGAUGCGAAUAGAGCACAGGCUAUUCAUAUCUUCCACGAUGAGACUGGAAAUUACAGUGGGCAUGAAUUGUUUCCUAUCCACAAAUUCCAGCUGUGAUGGAGUCGAUCACAU